AUGGCUGUGACCUCCAAACGCCUCAAGGGCACGUACAUCAAGGGCCUUAAGGAGGCCGCAGCCAAUAUGGAGGAGGCGGUACGCGUGCUCGUUGACCGUAUGGACACCAGCGAGGAGGUUCAACGGCUGAGCGCGCAGAACAAGCGCAUGCACGGCGAGUUAGCCGAGAUGCGCGAGACGAUCUCCUCCAUCCGGGAAGAGAGGGACUCUGUCCAAGCGAAGAUGGACAGAGUCGCAAGAGAGAACACCAGGAUGAAGGGAGAAAUGGAGGCCCUUCAUGAGGAUUUGAAAAACCUGCGGCGGGAACAGAUGUCCCACAGGCUGGCACCGCUCAAGGCACUUGCCACCACUGCGGAUCCCCCACCGCUGCCAGAAACAGCGGUGGAGGAACCUCCGCCCCUCCCACAGAGAGAGGCAAGACGGAGGCGUGCGAAGCCACUCCCUGCACCCCCGCGGAACUCCAGCCCGGAGUCAGACGGGGGUAUGGACGUGUCACCGUCCAGGGAGAAGGUGCACGACGGCGGCCGGGAAUCCCCAAUCCCGUUAAGGGACCAGGGCACCCAGCCCAACGUAGAAGAUGUCCACCUCGGUGUGUGUCCCUCAGAAUUCAAGGACACGAAGUCCCUUCUGAGGGAGCACACCAGAAUGGUGGACAAAAUGAUAACUGAACGCCUGGAUAAGUUCUUCCAGGCGUUCAUGGAUCGGCAACUUCGCCCCGCCCUGGGGGCUAAUCCCCAGAAACGGACGGAGGCACCCGAUCAAGGGAUGACGGGGAGCAGCAGCCAGGCCGCACUUAGUGUGGCGACUGCAACCCCCAUGCCCCCUACCCAGGAGACCGGGACGGCCGCGAAGGCCAAGAAAACGGGGGCGAAGAAAAAGAAGAAGGGCGCAAAGAAGAAGGACGGGGCCGGGCAACAGCCGGGGACCGGUACGGUGGCCAAAGCCACCCCCCGGCCCUCCACGCAAAAGCCCAGUGCACCCGCGACCUCUUCGCAGCCCUCCGAUCCCACCACUUCAAAGGACACUUGGUCCCAGGUGGUGGGACGAAAGAAGAAGCUUGCGCCACAAGGAACCUCCUUAAAACCGCUCAGCGGCCAAGGAGGCGACAAGGGACGGGCUGGGGCAAAGACGGGCACGGCUAAAGCAACCGGCCCACCCAAGCCUAAGUUGGGAAGACCCCCCCGCUCGGCGGCGGUGGUCCUGUCUGCCCCAGAGGGAGCCAAGAGCGACUUUCUGGGGGAGGUGUUACGAUACGUCCGGGAGAAAGUCCCUUUGGAGGGUUUUGGCAUCCCGGACGUCCGUCCAAGAAGAGCCCUUACCGGGGCCCUCAUUCUUGAGAUCCCCGGGAAGGAUAGCGACGCCAAGGCGGAGGAACUCUACAAAGCUAUCCUCCCCUUGGUGGUCGAAAAGGGAGGGAGACUCACGAGGCCGGUGAAGACGGUAGAACUUCGCGUGCGCGGCCUCGAUGAGUCCAUCUCUCAAAGCGAGGUACAAGAGACGGUGGCGACCGUCGGUGGUUGUGCGGUGGCCGCGGUUAAAGUCGGUCAACCGCGCGCCUCCCCCGGCGGAUUAAGCACCGCCUGGAUACAAUGCCCCUUAGCUGCGGCACAAAAAGUUGUAGCAGCGGGGGCACUAAAGAUAGGGUGGGUAAGGGCGCCGGUGGAGAUAUUGGAGAGGCGCCCUCUCCAAUGCCACCGAUGUCUCCGGCGCGGGCACGUAACGAAUGCGUGCCCUCAUACAGCGCCCGAAGAGGACAGACGCGGUCGCUGCUAUAACUGCGGCGACCGCGGACACCGGGUGUCGACAUGCACGUCGGCACCCAAGUGUCCGUUGUGCAGCGACCUUGGGCUACCCGCAAAUCACCGCCUGGGGGGUAAGGCUUGUGCCCCAACCCCCAGCAAGGGAAAGAAGAGGCGGGCGCCCAAGGCAGCGGGUCCCACGAGCGGCACUCAGCUCGCUCGAGGGACGGAGUCCCCCGCCGGCGAACAAAGUUCGCCGGCAACACAGGGGGUGGCCGUCUCUGUUACUGCGCAAGACGCAGUAACACAGAGCAGCGAGGGGAUUGCACCCCCCUCCCCUCCUGCGAGUAGGGCCCUGGAGGAGGAAGCAAUGGACAUUGCAUAA